UUUUUAUGCUUUAUCUGGACGAUAUUAUUUUCUCACUUGUUUGUAAUUAAGGGUGUGGGUGUCCAAAGUCCAAACUAUAAAUAAACCAAAUGGAACUACUCUCAAGGCAACGCUAGAAAGAAUGUAACUAAAACUAUUCUAAUUGCGUCUCAGUUUCUCUCAGGUUGGCUUCCCCUCUCCCCUAUCGCUCUCUCCCUAAUCGCAUCUCAACUUGUCGUCGUCGGUGAUUCAUUCUCCCUAAUCAUAACCCUAAUCGCAUCUUAAAUCGAACUCAAUCAGAGACAAAACAAAGUUGUUGAUUCUGUUACAAAACAUAGCACGGUGGACAAACGUUAAACAAGGCUACAGAUCUUUGAUUCAGUUGAAAGCAGAUUGAAGGGGAGUAAAACAGGAACAGAGCAACCUGCAGAAUUACUCUAUCAAGGUGCCAUAAACUUGCUAUAUCCGUGUCUCCAAUCUCUUUGAACCGUGAGAGAACAGCCAUGGACAGACGCACGAACACCACCAGGCCAGUGGCAUUGUCUUCCCCUUCUAUCACUGCCACCACCACCAUAACAAUUUUGAACUCGGAGCCAUCAUCCUCUUCAUCUCAGCAGGAACAACAGCAACCAGAAGUCCUCUUCCUCCCCCUCAAUCGCAAGAAGAAGAAGGUCUCUUGGAAAGAGGGCACUGUAGACAACGAGUUCAUGCAGAAGAAGAGUUCCAAGAAGUGCUGUAUCUUCCAUAAACAGAAGCCCUUUGACGAAGAUGAUAGUGAUGAGGAUGAACAUCACUCUGAUGAACACCCUCACGAUAGUGGGUUUUGCUGUAAGAAUCAUGAUGAAGCUGGCCCAAGCAGUUAGGGAACUGAUUAAGCUGAGAGGUUAUUAAUGAACCAAAAGAGGCAUAUAUUUUGUAGAGUAAAUGAUUCAAGAAACCCUUGAACUUGAGUUUGUAAGUCAGGAAAUAUUUAAAAUCACGACAUUGGAACUAGAGGAACAUUCAGUUUCAGUUUGAGUGUCACAAAUAAUUGGCCUAGUUUACUACCAAAUUGGUUUCACUAACUUUUGUCGUAAAUGCAGUUGUUAAAAGAUUUAAAAUGUAAUCA